UUUUAGCUCGAAGGAAAAAGAGAGAGGAGCAAGUUAACAAAGACUGUUAAGAUUUCAGGAAUAUUUGGAGAAAUGCCUGGCUAGGGUUUGGUCUACGAGGAAUUGAACAACGAUCUCGAUCCACCAACGAGUUAUCUGCAGUAAUUCGGUCGGAGACUCAGUUCCGUUCCCGAGUUUGGACGGCGGCGGCGACGGGAAAGAAUGGCAUCUACCCGGUAAACGUCUCCGUUCACUGUUUUUUCACUCUCUGGGUAAAUCAUUUUGAGAAAGUAGUGAAAUGGUUAUUAGAAAGCAACUUUGCAGCAAUUGCUAUCUCUUGUUUCGUCCUCACACCAAAUGCUUAUCUUCAGCAACUGUAGAAUCAAGUUUCAAUGACACAGAAACCCAAAUUAGAUCAUUAUGUGGUAAAUCCAGUCCCCGACUCGAAGAUGCUUUGCUCCUCUUUAAUCAAGCUGUUGAAAUUCACACCCUGCCUUCUCAAUCAACAUGCGAUUUUCUUUUAAAAACAUUUUCACAGUCGAAGAAGUAUAACAUGGUUAUCAAUGUCUACAAUAAGAUGAAGGGUAUUCAAGUUUUUCGCAGUAUCAUAUCAUUGCAAGUUCUGAUCAAGUUUUUCCUGCAUUCAAAUAAGCCCGAUUUUUCUUUUGGAGUGUUGGGCACUAUGGUGAAGUGUGGUUUUCAAGUUAACACAUAUUGUAUAAAUGUUGUUUUAAAUGGACUUUGUCGAAAUGGUGAUACUUCAAGAGCUGUAAAGGUUUUCAAUGAAUGGUGCAGAGGGUCUGUAUUGCCUGAUGUGAUUACUUUCAGCACUCUUAUGAACGGGCUUUGUAAAGAGGGUCGAAUAGGAGAAGCAAUGGAUUUGUUUGAUGACAUCAAGCUGAAGGGCUUCUAUCUGAAUGUGAUUACUUUCAACACUCUUAUGAACGGGCUUUGUAAAGAGGGUCGAAUGGGAGAAGCAAUGGAUUUGUUUGAUGACAUGAAGCUGAAGGGCUUCAAUCCGGAUGUGAUUACUUACAACACUCUUAUGAAAGGGCUUUGUGAAAAUGGUCAAAUGAGAGAAGCAAUGGAUUUGUUUGAUGACAUGAAGCUGAAGGACAUCAAUCCGAAUGUUUCUACUUACAACACUCUUAUGAAUGGGCUUUGUAAAGAGGGUCAAAUGGGAGAAGUAAUGGAUUUGUUGGAUGACAUGAAGCUGAAGGGCCUCAAUCCGGAUGUUUCUACUUACAACACACUUAUGAAUGGGCUUUGUAAAGAGGGUCAAAUGGGAAAAGCAAUGGAUUUGUUUGAUGACAUGAAGCUGAAGGGCUUCAAUUCGGAUGUCAUUACUUACAACACUCUUAUGAACGGGCUUUGUAAAGAGGGUCGAAUGGGAGAAGCAAUGGAUUUAUUUGAUGACAUGAAGUUGAAGGGCCUCAAUCCGAAUGUUCUUACUUACAACACUCUUAUGAACGGGCUUUUUAAAGAAGGUCGAAUGGGAGAAGCAAUGGAUUUGUUUGAUGACAUGAAGCUGAAGGGCAUCAAUCCGGAUGUGAUUACUUUCACAACUCUUAUGAACGGACUUUGUAAAGAGGGUCGAAUGGGAGAAGCAAUGGAUUUGUUUGACGACAUGAAGCUGAAGGGCUUCAAUCCGGAUGUGAUUACUUACAACACUCUUAUGAACGGGCUUUGUAAAGAGGGUCGAAUGGGAGAAGCAAUUGAUUUGUUUGAUGACAUGAAGUUGAAGGGCCUCAAUCCGGAUGUUUCUACUUACAACACACUUAUGAAUGGGCUUUGUAAAGAGGGUCAAAUGGGAAAAGCAAUGGAUUUGUUUGAUGACAUGAAGCUGAAGGGCCUCAAUCCAAAUGUUGUUACCUACAGCACUCUUAUGAACGGACUUUGUAAAGAGGGUCGAAUGGGAGAAGCAAUGGAUUUGUUUGACGACAUGAAGCUGAAGGGCUUCAAUCCGGAUGUGAUUACUUACAACACUCUUAUGAACGGGCUUUGUAAAGAGGGUCGAAUGGGAGAAGCAAUGGAUUUAUUUGAUGACAUGAAGUUGAAGGGCCUCAAUCCGAAUGUUCUUACUUACAACACUCUUAUGAACGGGCUUUUUAAAGAUGGUCGAAUGGGAGAAGCAACUGAUUUGUUUGAUGACAUGAAGCUGAAGGGCCUCAAUCCUGAUGUUUCUACUUACAACACUCUUAUGUACGGGCUUUGUGAAAAGGGUCGAAUGGGAGAAGCAAUAGAUUUGUUUGAUGACAUGAAGCUGAAGGGCAUCAAUCCGGAUGUGAUUACUUUCACAACUCUUAUGAACGGACUUUGUAAAGAGGGUCGAAUGGGAGAAACAAUGGAUUUGUUUGUUGACAUGAAGCUGAAGGGCCUCAAUCCAAAUGUUGUUACCUACAGCACUCUUAUGAACGGACUUUGUAAAGAGGGUCGAAUGGGAGAAACAAUGGAUUUGUUUGUUGACAUGAAGCUGAAGGGCCUCAAUCCAAAUGUUGUUACCUACAGCACUCUUAUGAACGGGCUUUGUGAAAAGGGUCGAAUGGGAGAAGCAAUAGAUUUGUUUGAUGACAUGAAGCUUAAGAGCCUCAAUCCGGAUGUUAUUACUUACAGUGCACUUGUAAAUGGAUUUUGCAAAGCUGGGAAUUUCGACGAGGGAAAGAAACUUUACGAUAUGAUGUUGGAAAAAGGAGUUGAACCGAACGAAUUCAUUUAUUCAAGUUUAUUACAGUAUCUUUGCAAAAUGAGGCGAUGGGAGGAAGCUAGCGAGUUAUUCAAUGUGAUGUCACACCGAGGAAUAAAACAGAAUCUGGUAAUCUAUAGCGUUUUAAUCGAUGGGCUGUGUAAAGAUGGAAGGCCUAUGGAUGCCAUGCGGUUAGUAGACUUAAUGGAGGAGAAUGGUGAAGAGUCAGACAAAAUAACAUAUACUUCACUAAUCAAUGGAUUUUGUAAAUCUGGUAUGGUUACCGAAGCUUUAAGAGUCUUUGAAAGAAUGACUAAAGGGAAUAAUAAUAAAAUCGACAUUGUUUCUUACAAUUCAUUAGCUUGGGGGCUUUGCAAGAAUGGGAAGGUUGAUGAGGCGGUGAGGUUAGUAUCUUUGAUGUUGAAAGACGAGGAUCGUGUAGAGCCAAAUCAUCAAUUGUUAACAGCUUUAAUUUACGGGCUAUGUAAAGAAGGUCGUCUAAAGAAAGCGAUGGAGAUUCAUCGUGAAAUGAACAUGAGAGAAAUAUUUCCUCUUAAUAUACUAAUACAUGCUCAUUUGAAGAAAGGAGAUGUCGGUGAAGGAAUGAAGUUAUUGAAGAACGGGCUUGAAAUGGGAUUAGUUCUGGAUUCAUACACUUAUUCAGCGUUGAUAAAUGGAUUCUGCCGAUUGAGAAUGAUGAACAUUGCGAAAGGUCUUUUGAUUCACAUGACUGUUCGUGGAAUUCUGCUUACACCUCAUCAUUACAACACUUUACUAGAAAGUCUCUGCAAAGAAGGUAGUUUGGAGGAGGCAAAGGGUUUCUUUUUAGCGAUGAGCAAAACAGACAGUAAGCCGAAUGUUGCAUCUUUUAAUAUAAUAAUUCAUGGAACUCUAAGAGCAAAGGAUCUACAUUCGGCGAAACUAUUCUUCGAGGAAAUGCUUCAAAUGGGUGUGGAACCUGAUGUUGUAACCUUUUCAACACUUGUAAAUGGAUUUAUGAAAUUAGGACAUUGGCAGGAGGGAAAAGCCACCUUGGAGAGGAUGGUGGCUUGCGGUUAUGGUCCUACUGCUGCUGUAUACGAUUCUUUGCUAAAGGGUUUUCUUGCGAUGGGUGAAAAGGAAGAAAUAAUUGGUUUGCUUAGACGGAUGGCAGCUGAUGGGUUUCGUCUUAACGAAGAAAUUACUGAUACAAUUCUGAAAUGUUUGUGUCUUUUUUCUGAACAUGAUAAUGUUGAAGAGAUCUUGCCUAGUUUUCAACAGGAGGUUUCUAAGGUGGUUUGAGAAGAAAAUGGAAGAAUUGUAUUGAAUUGAAAUAUUUGAGUUAAAAAUGAUAGUGAUCAUACUUGGGUGACUCUAUUACUUAA